AUGUGCUUCUACAGGACGAAGUUGUACAAGGCCUGUGGGCACACAGAAUUCCGCCGGUUUAUGUGCAAUUCGGCGCCCACCAACAAAGAUAGCACCCAGUCGGAUGUUCAUCGCGAUGGCAAGGUGUACAUCAAGAGCCGCUUCGCUUGUGGCGAGCAGCCGCAACACUUUAACGAUCUCGAGCGAGGCGUCUGCGGUCGCUGCCGUAAAUUAAGGGGCCAGGGUAAAGGGGCGCAGCGGAAGAGCGAGGUUCUUGAAAUAGAACAAUACCACCAACAGCCAGGGCUUCAAAUCUCUGUACCGGUAAGUGGAAGGGACGAUAACUUUGCCAAUACUCUCGAUUUGUUGAUGGUGUUUGUGGAGAAGUCGGAUGCCAACAAGUCCAAGGAUGACCCCGAGCAGCUAAUGAUCCAAUCCUUCUUGCCGAGGGGUGGAAGAAACGAUAACUAUGCCAACAUCGAAGAGUUGCUGAUGGUAGAUUUUCUGAAUCGCUGUAUCGAAGAGACCAAGCAUGGCGCGAAGACUGAUAAGGUCGAUAUGGUUACCGCAGACGUUACGAAGGAUUGGAUCCUGUUCAAGUCGGAGAUCAAGGAGGCGAUAGAGGAAUGUCGCCAAAUACGUGAGGAGUACCAGACCGCGCAGUGUCAGGUUAGUCGCAUGUUGGAGGCCCUCAACAAUGAAGGAGAACAUCAUCUGGCAGGAAUCAGCGACAAUGUCGAACUUCCACCCACCAGCAUCGAACCCAAGAAGCCAGAACAACCACGACAUGCAAAGCAAGCAGCAACUCACCUGCUCCCUUCCCGCUCCAGCACACACCCACUCUCGCACUCGGCGACCAAGGUCCGUCGGGAUCUCCUUGCGGCAAAGGGUCGAGUCCGGUCCAUGAUUCAGGCCAUCAACGGCAACAGCGAACACACAGCAAGACCACAGCCUCCCGUUUUCCGUGAAAAGGAGUCAACAAGCCAGUCCAUCCCGCCCCUGCCAUGUCCCGAACCUCCAACUCUGACCAAGUCGGCAAAGCUGAAGGUCCUCACCCAACACAGCUUUCACAGACUACCGCCCAUUCCGGAGGAGCCCGAUUCCCAAGCCUUGAUCGUCGCGAAUUCAGCCGUAAACACGGUCGUCCUCCGCCGGGCCAAGGCGAUCGAAGUUCGAAAUCUCAACGCCUUCCACUGCCCGGUUAGGCAACCGCGCUUCGGGCUCAAGCGGGCGGUGUUGGCUCCGCCUGUUCCCAGGCAUUCGACGCCGCCAGUUGCUGUACCCUGCUCGAAAUUCGCGGAUCUUGGGCGGCGCAGAGUGUCAAAACUAGAAGAAGGAUAUGGAGCGCAGUUGGAGGGGAAGGCGGACGCCGCGGACCGGAGAAACUUGCAAAACGGGGACAUUUGCGGCCGGCAUUGGAAUUGA